AUGGAUGAAGUUCUUGAUGUUGAGAUGAACGGACAGAGAAGAAAAACAGAAAAUGAGAAGAGGGCAGGAGAGAGAGGACAGUGGGCCAGUAAAACAGAAUAUAUUCUGGUUGUUGCAGGAAAUGUGGUCGGCCUGGGCAACGUGUGGAGAUUUCCUUACCUCUGCUACAAGAACGGUGGAGGUGCCUUUCUGGUGCCAUAUGGUCUGUUAGCCGUAGUAUGUGGGAUACCUCUGUUCCUACUGGAGACCUCAGUUGGUCAGUACACCCAGGAAGGAUUCAUCACCGGCUGGAGGAAAAUUUGUCCACUGGCACAAGGAAUAGGAUUUGGACAGCUGACGAUUUCACUUUGUUUCUUCAUCUACGUUUUAAUUGAAGCUUGGGCUCUGUUCUACUUGGUGUUCUCAUUCAGAUCCCAGCUUCCCUGGGCCCACUGUGAGAACACCUGGAAUACAGCUAACUGCCUUGCUCUUCAGACUUUCAGUUCAUCUAAUGUGACUACAGAUCAGACUAACACCACCUCUGCUGCAACUGAGUUCUGGGAACGGCGGGUGCUGGCCAUGUCUAGAGGCAUUGAGGAUCUGGGCAGUGUGAGGUGGGAUCUGGCUUUGUGUCUUCUUGCCUGCUGGGUGUUCUGCUACUUCAGUAUCUGGAAAGGUGUCAGAUCUUCUGGAAAGGUCGCAUAUUUUACGGCCACAUUCCCCUACGUAAUGCUCCUGAUCCUACUCAUCAGAGGCCUGACUCUACCUGGAGCUUGGGAAGGGAUCUACUACUACCUGUAUCCAGACCUGAAGCGCCUGGCUAACCUUGAGGUCUGGAUAGAAGCAGGAUCUCAAAUAUUUUUCUCCUACAGCCUAAAUGCAGGGACUCUAAAUGUCCUAGGCAGCUAUAAUGACUACAACAACAACUGUUAUAAGGACUGCUUUUGGCUCUGUCUGCUGAACAGUGGGACCAGUUUUGUUGCUGGAUUUGUCGUCUUCUCAGUACUUGGAUUCAUGGCUCAGAAACAGGGUGUUACAGUGGACAAUGUGGUUGAGUCAGGUCCAGGUUUGGCCUUCAUUGCUUACCCUCAGGCAACAGCUAUGAUGCCUUUGCCACAGUUUUGGAGUGUCUGCUUCUUCCUGAUGCUCAUUCUGCUGACAGUUGAUACAAAUUUUGUUAUUGUGGAGAGUUUUAUCACCACAGUGAGCGACAUGUUUCCGAAGUUGUUUCGUGCACCAGUGAGGCAUGAGAUCUUUGUCCUCAUCAUCUGUAUAUCCAGCUUCCUCAUACAGCUUACCUUGGUUACGGAGGGAGGAAUGUAUGUAUUUCAACUUAUAGAUUUCUAUGGCUCUACCAGAGUGUGUCAGAAUUGUAUGGCUAUUUGUCAAUGCCUGGCUGUGGGCUGGAUUUUUGGUGCUGACCGCUUUUCUAACAUCAUUGAGGAUAUGACAGGACAGAAACCUUCUGUUUUCUUCAAACUGUGCUGGAAAUACAUUAUUCCUCUGUGGUCACUGAUUUCCAUUAUCCUGUACCUGGUUGAUUACAAACACCUGUUGAUUAAUGACUUCUACAUUUACCCUGACUGGGCAUACGCACUAGGAUGGACCAUGACCCUUUCCUCUGUUCUCAUGGUGCCACUGUGGGCAGCUGGACAGAUGUGUUUGACAGCAGGAACCUUCAGACAGCGUUUGUCUGUCCUUUGUCGUCCUGCUGAAGCUCCAGCCUGGCGGAGGAGAAAAAUGGGAGAGAAGGGAACAACUGUUGAACUGACAACAUUCACUGUGACAUCUUAG